CCCACCCUCUCUCUCGCGCUCUCUCUGUCUCUCUCUCGUUACGAAGCCACGCCCAGCAACGCGGGAGACUGGGCAUAGAAUGAUGACCACCACACGGCUUUAGGGUUAGGUGACUGGGUUCAUACGCUCCUUUGGCUUUUUCCUGUCAAAAUAGCUGUUGGUUACUGGUAUUGAUAUUAAACAUGGCAAAAGUCAAUGGUGGGACGUCCAGCUGCAGAGCCAUGGUCAUGGCCGGCCAGCUUUUGUCUAAACCCUCGCCACUGAGCCAGCAAAAUAAUCGCCAGCAGAGAUUCCUGAAAAUUCAGCGGAGAAUGAUGGCUGCCAACGCUGCCGGACGAGGCAACAAAACCCCGGCUUGGGUUCAACAAGAAAUGCCCAGUUUUCUCUCACUGUCUGACCGUCACGGUGUGUCAAAUCGUACAUUAAUCUACCGGGACGUCAAAGCAUUUCUUAAUGAAAUAGGUGGAGAUCCCAGAGAAGCUCGGUACUGGCUGAGACAGUUUCAAAAAGCAAGUCUUUCACAAGCGCCUGCAUUUGCUGUUUUGGAGGUGGAUGAGUCUGUUUUCGAGAACCGUGAGAUGCUGCAGAGCCUCGCCUUUGGGCUCUCCUUCCUGCAGCGGAUGGAUAUGAAGCCGGUGGUGGUGAUGGGGUUCCUGUCCGGUGGCCCGGUGGAUGGAGACGAGCCCCGGGUGGAGCUGGUGCACCGUUGUCAAGCUCUGACCGAGAUGCUGCAGCAAAACUCUGCUAGCGUUAUGCCCUUCUUCAGUGCCGAGGCCCUGCUACAGGUGCAGGAGCUGCCUCAGAACAGCAGUGUCAGUGCCUCCUCCAUCACUGUGGAUAUUGGCCUGCUCCAGUGGAGCCUGGACUGUGGCACCAUCCCGUUGGUGUGUCCGGUGGGCCGGGAGCCGUCGGGCCGCUCAGUGGCUCUGAACUCAGUGGAUGUGACCGCGGCUGUGGCACGAGCCCUGCAACCCCUUAAGGUCAUGUUCCUCAACAGCAGAGGAGGCCUCUUCUGCCAAAACCACAAGGUUCUGGAUUCAGUGUCGUUGCCGGGUGACUUGCCGGCGUUGUCGGGGGCAGCCUGGUUGACUGCAGUGGAGCGUCGACAGGUGUGUGUUAUCGCACAGCUCCUGAACCAGCUGCCCGGCGAGUCUUCAGCUGUGGUCACUUCCGCAAACACACUCCUGACUGAGCUUUUCAGUCACAAGGGGUCUGGAACACUGUUUAAAAAUGGAGAUCCUAUUCACAAGUUCAGCAGCCUGGAUGACAUUGACAUGAACCGCCUCCUCGUCCUCAUCAACAAGUCAUUUGGAAAGACACUAAAAGAGGAUUACAUAGCAUCGCUGAAGGGACGCUUGCAUUCCAUCUACCUGUCGGAGGGGUACAGCGCAGCAGCGAUCAUCACCACGGAGAGUGUGAGCAGUGGCACACCCUACCUGGACAAGUUUGUGGUGAGCAGCAGCAAGCAGGGCCAGGGCACCAGCCAAAUCCUGUGGGAGUGCAUUCGCCAGGACCUGGGCAAGCUUUUUUGGAGGUCCCGGGCCACCAACCACAUUAACCCCUGGUACUUCAAGCACUGCGACGGCAGCUUUGUCAAUGGAAGCUGGACUGUGUUCUGGUUCGGCCUGUCGGACAUCAGGGAUUCGUACGAGUUGGUCGAGUACGCCAAGCGACUGCCAGACUCCUUCUACAUCCCAGAGGGUCCUGAAGAGGGCAACCUUCUUCACCUCUCCGCAAAACUUCCAGCUCAAGCUGUGUAAUAACAUCAUUUAACGACUAUGUUGACAUAAAUCAUUUUCAGACACCUGCACUUAAAUAAAGCCUGCUGUUAUUUGAACCAUUCCCAAUUAGUUACAGGUCUUAGAGAGUAAUUUGGUGCCUGUCCCCAGAUUGGGGCAGAUGUACCUGUCAGGCCAGAUUUGGGCCCUUAAGAGGAUGGAGAUGAGAUAUUGUUGCAGUGUUUCAUCCAAAACACUACACUUAAGUGCUAAUGCCAGAUGCAAUAACAUCCACGCAUGUAUCAAGAGAUGUGUGGGGUGUUUUGUAUUUCUGCAAAGACUGCAGUUUUGCCCAAGCUAAAAUGUUUUUCUCAGAAAAGACCUUUCAAAAAGGGACUAAACUGGAUAAAAAAAAACUGACAGGUUUCGCCUGCAAUGGCACUAGAUUCACAGAAAACUAAAUGAUCUUGGCAAGGUUUUUAUGUCUUGGUUUACUAAUGCAUGGACAUAUGACCUGGCCCUUUGUGCUAUUAAUAAAUUCUGUUUGCAUUA